CAGGCACGCGACCCUGCGGACGUCCGGCCCGCCCCAAUCAAGAUGGAUAUCCGACUCCUCCGGGCGUCCGACAUCCCGCUGAUCCAGCACGCGAACCUGGAGAACCUGCCGGAGAACUACUUCCUCAAGUACUACCUGUACCACGCCCUCUCGUGGCCGCAGCUGUCGUUCGUCGCCGUCGAUGUCUCGCGCCCGCCCAAGACCCCCUACGACUACCCCAAGAUCGUCGGCUAUGUGCUCGCCAAGAUGGAGGAGGAGCCCGCCGACGGCGUCCAGCACGGCCAUAUCACGUCGCUGUCCGUAAUGCGCACCCACCGCCGUCUGGGCAUUGCCGAGAAGUUGAUGCGCCAGAGCCAGCUGGCCAUGGUCGAAACCUUUGGCGCACACUACGUCUCCCUGCACGUGCGCGUCUCCAACAAGGCGGCCAUCCACCUGUACCGCGACACGCUCGGCUUCAAGACGGAGCGGAUCGAGUCCAAAUACUACGCCGACGGCGAGGACGCCUACUCCAUGAAGCUGGACCUCGGUUUCCUCCGCGAGCAGAUCCGCGAGCAGCAGGAGGAGGAGGAAGGGAAAGAGGAGGGCAAGGCGGAUGACGAAUCCAAGGGGAGCAAGAAGAAGGACGGAGAGCAAGGGCAGAACGGCGAGUACGCCGACGAGGGCGAGCCCGUCGGCGAGGUCGGGCGGGAUCCGGCAAAGGGGAGUAAAGGCGAACAAAAGAUCAAGGUGAAGGUGGGGAGGGGCCUCGGAGUCGGCGAGCUGGUAGAGAAGGUCGAGAGCAAACAUAGCUGAGGGACGGCGUUGAGGCAUUGAAAGAAAAAAGCGAAACAAAAAAAAGUUUCUUUGGUGUUGUCGGCGCACACAGAAACCGGGUCACGGGGGAGAGGUUGUUCAUGGUUCAAGUUGCUCCGGUGCUAUACUAACAUGACAGUUGAGGCAUGCAACAA